UUGAUAUACCUUUGUACGUACGUAUAUAUCAAUUAACCAUAACCUUUAUCCAGAAUUCUUGUCGCUCCAUUGGUUUCUCAUUGUUUGGAAGUCGGGAAAAAAAGCUUCCAUACUUGGACUGCGCAUUCAUUGUGUGCCGUCACCACAAUGGACGGCCAUGUACGGUGGGUGUUGUUCCUGCUUUGGAUAUACGUAGUGUACACGCCCACUGCUGAAGCCCGUGGAGUCGGGGGCAGUCAUGGCGAGGGGGACAGGGAGCUCUACACAUUGGAAGGGAAGGUCGAACUUUUGUCUGCAAAUAACACUGCCUGGAUAUGUCAGACUCAAGUUCUAGUUGAUGGAGGCAAAUAUCGGGGGUUUAUCAGAACGGACGGACAGUUCACAAUCCAUGGACUUCCAAACGGAGUCUACGUCGUUGAGGUUACGCAUCCCCUGUACGAGUUUUCCCCGGCCCGUGUUCACAUCUUCCGUGAUGGUAGAAAGCGAGCAAGCAAGCUGGACCUUAUCCAACCCAACCAGAUCCGUCAGAUCAAGUAUCCCUUACAGUUCAGGGAGAUUAAAAAGUCACGCUUCUUCGAGGAGAGGAGUUCGUUAAAACUGGAAGACAUAAUUCAUAACCCAAUGGUGGUGACCGUAUUACUGCCGUUGGUGGCUUUGUUUAUGUUCCCAAAUUUGUUGAACCAGUCGUUAAGGAAUCCUAAAGUUCAAAACCAAUUCAGACGACAAUUAAGUACUAUGACUGGCGGACGUGGGGAUGUUAUAGGUAUGGGACUGGAGGAGGAGGAGCAGGCGAGGGAGGAGCAGGCAGGGGAGGGGUCUGUGGAAGGGGAUGCAGCCGAGGAACACAGAGAGAGAAAGAAAAAGAAAAAUGAGAUGCAGGGAAAAUCAAUUUUCAACUUUGACCUUGCUGAGUGGCUUGCAGAAUAUUUCUACGAGGAAAAGACACCCAAACAUUCCGAAAAUCGACCACCGCCUAAAAGUAUAACAGAGAAAACGCGUGAAAGAAAAAUGAGACAUCGACUAAAGAGAAAGUGAGUCAAUGCAACACCAAAAAAACAGGGAGAUGACACACGAAAGGGAGCAAAAAGGGGGCAAAAUUGGGACAUAAAGAGAACAAAAAAAAAGGGGCGGGGGGGACAAAAAGGGACAAGAAGGGAACAAAAAGAAACUUUUUUUUUUUUUUUUUUGAAAAUAUCGUACAUCGAAAGGGGCAUUAAAUUUUGCAAAACAAAUGGUCAAUGUCACAGUAGUAGAAUUUCCGGGCCUAGAACUCACGAUCUACGGAACAGGAAUACUGGCAGCUUAUACCAUUACGCCACCUGAAUGUGGAGGUUUUCUGACUUGGUGAUUAGAUGUUGUAGAUCGUGAGUUCGAAUCCCGGUCAGAGCACGAGUCUAAAAAAUGUCUUCCUUUAAUUGUCAUUUGUGCUGUUAUGUUUAUAUAUUUAUAUCGUAUAUAUAGAGGUUACACAACGUAACAUAUGUACUAUCUUUUGUGGUCCGAUGGUUAAAGGUUUGAAUGAAUUUUCUGUCGCAAUUGCACUGUUUUGAAAAUGGUUCGGUAUUUCGAAGAAAAAUCGACAAUUUAAAAAUAACCUCGAACCUCUUAGAUUUCUGUUGAAUAUUGUCAUAUAUUAUUUAAACAUAAAAAUGAACAUUGAUUAUUUUAAUUGUGAUAUACAUGCAGAUGGUUUGAAUGUUCUGUUGGUGUUUGUACGAGCGACAGUUUGUCAAAAAUCACAGAUGUCACGUGUACACAAACUUCUGUUGAUGCUAGAAAUGAUAUUAUUAAUUAUAUAAUCUGUAAUAUUUUUAUCAUCAUGUUGUAUUUUGUUAUCAUUGAAAAUGAUGUAGAUGAAACUAUCUUUAAACAUUGUAUGUUAUAAAAUAAUUAAAGAGAAA